CUAAUAUAAAUAAGAUAGUUGUGUGGGGAUAAUUUCUAGUAUUGUUCGGUUUGCAAUUAUGGCGUUAUUAAAUGCACUGGUACUUAUAAGUUUAGCAGCUAUUUCCCAAGCAGGUUUCGCUGGCCAUUAUGGUAGUUAUUCCCUAGAUGCAGCCCUAGGACAUGGCGGAGUGGCAUAUGCCCCAGCUCCUGCAUAUGCCAUUGCUGCGGCCGUGCCAAAAUAUGCAGCUGUGGCACCUGGGGGACCUGUGCCAUAUUCCACAGGAGAGCAUGGUCACGACGUAGACUAUUACGCCCAUCCGAAAUACUCAUACAACUACGGUGUAGCGGACGGAUACACCGGUGACAGUAAGUCCCAAACCGAGACACGAGAUGGCGACGUAGUCAAAGGAUCGUACAGCGUUGCCGAACCUGACGGCUCGAUCCGUGUAGUCCACUACACCGCCGACGACCACAACGGCUUCAACGCUGUGGUCAAGAAAAUCGGACCAGGUUACCAUCCAGGGGUAGCCAAGUUUGCUGCGCCUGUAGCCUACGCUCCUGCUCCAGCAUACCAUGGUGGGUUUGGUCAUGGUAUACUUGGUGGAGCGUAUAAGCAUUAUUAGAAGAAGCUUUAAGUACGCUUGUAGCAUGACAAACAAUGUAAAUUACGUAGGUUUAGUGUAAAAAUACUGGCACAAAAUCUGGUAACUCAAAACGUACUGUAAAUUUUGUAAGCCGUAAGAAAUAAAUUAUUUAAAAAUUAGA